AUGUCUUUGGCUACGUCUAUUCCUGCUGGCUCCUGGAUCCUGGUGACCGGUGCCAGUGGCUCCCUUGCAUCCCAUAUUUGUCUUCAACUUCUGGAAAGGGGAUUCAGGGUUCGAGGCGCCGUUCGUGAUCCCACCCAAUCCUCGUGGCUCCUGGGAGGCCGCUUCAAGCGCUAUGCCGACGUCGGUGCCAUCGAGCUCGUCUCUGUCCCUCCUCUCGGUACUGAUGGCGCCUUCGACGAGGCAAUCAGAGGCGUCGCUGCCAUCAUGCACACUGCCUACGUUGCGAACAUCGUCCCGGAUCCAAACGACGUCAUCGCCCCCAUGGUGGCCGGCAUCCGGUCCGCCAUGAACGCGGCCAUCCGAGAGCCCUCAGUCAAGGAGGUUGUAUUUACCGGAAGCGCCAUUACUACCUCGCCGCUUGCUCUUGGAAUUGACAAUGGGACCAUCAGGCGAGACUCGUGGAAUGAUGCCGUCCUGGACGCUGCAUGGGUGCCACCUCCGUAUAGCCUGUCCCGUGUUAUGGCCAACUACCCUGCCAGCAAGGUAGCCGCCGAGAAGGAAGUCUGGGAUUUUGUCGGGAGACAUGACCUGCACUUCAAUGUCAAUGUCGUGUCUCCUGCUGGCCUGACCGGGGAGCCCCUCGACAAGAAACACAUCGAAGGGCUGGCCAAUUGGGUCGUACACGCCUACAGAGGCAACAAAGCGGUAAUGGACUCACUGCAAGCCUGUAAGAUCUGCUCUUCGCGCCAACUCCCAAGCUGCUCCUCGCACCAACUCUCAAGCUGCUCUUCACGCCAACUCUCAAGCUCCAACCAAGCCGUGACCUGACU